CACGCCAUCCUUGGCGGACGUCAUUGCUCCAUGCCGCACGUCAUUGCUGCUUGGCAGGUCAUCAACCACUGGGGGUUUGCAGACUCGAAGCCGAUCCUCGAAACGAUGCUCAUGGCGGCGUUGAAGCUUGAACAGAUCGGAGAAGCGCUCCCGAUCGACAUCAAGAUGGUCAUCGACUUGAUGAAGAAGAGUUCUUUCACUGAUCCAGAGAUCUCCAAGGUCCGGAUGGAUUCGCUCUCUCUGAUGAUAGGUGCUGACGUAAGCAACGAUCGGAAUGCCGAAGAAGAAGAAAUCUGGUUCCCCCAAGUGACUGAGGAGACGCAACCCGGCCCCGCGAGUGCCAACAAUACCGAGACCCAAUGGAUACUGGAGAUGGAGAAGAAAGCGUUGGCUGAACGAUUGGCCAUAAUGAGUGAGGAGGAGAUCGAGGGCCCGGAGCCGCCUGAGAACUUGGAAGCUCUAGAAGCUGCAAAAAAAGAGCAAAUGGAUGCAAGUUUGGAAAGUGACGCUGGGAAUCAGACCAAGGAAAGCGAGCUGAACAUCACCUGGGAGGAGUGGGAGCGGAUUGCUGAGAAUUGUUCAAUUACAGUAUCCGAGGCGAUUUCAUGCGGUCGAAUGGUGUCAAAACAUGUACAGAAGAUGGAGAAGGAUGCCGAACGUAUGGGGGAUCAGACUCAACCAAGUGAAUAGAUGCUUUCAUUAGCAAGUUGUGAAUACACUGCCUCCAGGGGAGUGCGUCCGCUAUC